AACUUAUCUCUUCUAACGAACCCUCCCUGAAUUUGGAUUCAGUGGUAGGUUCUUCAAAAAGGGGUUCUUGAAUCCACAAACAAGGCAAAGCGUUUCAUUAUUUAAUGUAAAAAAUAACUAUUUUCUUCCCCCUUCAAGAUUCUUGCAAAGACAACAACAAUAUUUGAUCAAAGAUGAGAACCAAGACCGGUUUCAGCUUCUUCUCUAAAAUCACUUAUCCCAAAAAGAAACCUUCUCCUCCAAUACCUAAGAAAGGCUUCGACUCCUCAGAGAUCGACCUUACCAUCGACAACGCCGCAGAGAUCAUCGAGAAAUGGAACACGGAGUACGUUUCCACAACUAAAUUCUAUUCUCUCUUUUGCGAGAGCAAGAGAGAAGCCAAGAAGUUCAUAAACGGCGUCAAGGAUUUGCAAAAGUCAAUGGAUUCGUUAAUUAAAGAAGAUCCAAACUCCGAGAACCUCCUCAGAGCUCAGAAGCUAAUGCAGAUCGCUAUGAAACGUCUCCAGAGCGAGUUCUACCAGAUUCUAUCAAUGAACCGUGCGCAUCUUGAUCCUGAAACCGUCUCUACCUACGGCCAGUCUAGUGCCUCUCGCCUCGCUGGUGACUCCAUCGUCGAGGUUGAAGAGGUCUCCAGGAACUCUAUGAAGGAGCUGAAGUCAAUCGCUGAGUGCAUGAUCGCUGCAGGCUACGCGAAAGAGUGUGCGAGUACUUAUAAAUGCUUUCGAAAAUAUAUAGUCGACGAAGGGAUACACCGUCUCGGAGUCGAGAAAGUAAGCUCCUCCAAGGUGAAGAAGAUGCCAAGCGAGGUUGUUGAGAUGAAGAUGAGGAGCUGGAUCGACGCGGUGAACGUCUCCACGAAGACGCUCUUCAACGGGGAGAAGACUCUAUGCGAUGAAGUCUUUGAAGGCUUCUCUGUCUCUCUCAGAGAGUCUUGUUUUAGAGAUAUAUCUAAAGAAGGAGCUUUGCUUCUGUUAGGGUUUCCUGAAAGUGUUGCCGUGAGAGACAAGAAAAAUCCGAACCCUAAAAAGAUUUUUACGUUGCUUGACAUGUACGUCACUAUUACUGAGAAUUUACCGGCGAUUGAGUCUAUCUUCUCAUUUCAGUCAGUGUCGGCGGUUCGAUCUCAAGCUCUCAACUCGCUUAACCGGCUCAGCGAGUCCAUUCUCUCGCACCUGGUGGAGUUUGAGUCUGAGAUUAGGAAAGACUCCUCGAAGACGGUGGUUCCUGGAGGAGGUGUUCAUCCGAUGACUACCUCCUCCAUGGACCACCUCUCUCGCCUAGCGGAGUACAGUGGCAUUCUCGUGAAUAUUAUCGUUAAAGGAUCAUCUUCUUCCGCUAAAGCAUUGCUUCCAAAAUCUUACUUUAACCUCUCUGAAUCUGAUGGAUGGCAUCACGGAUCUGAGGUGAGAGUGCGAUUCGCGUGGAUGGUUCUUGUACUCCUCUGCAAGAUCGACGGCAAAGCGGAGAUGUACAAGGACUUCUCCAUGCAGUACCUCUUCUUAGCCAACAACCUCCAGCACGUGGCGUCGCGCGCACGCUCCACGAGCCUUAAGCACCUCCUCGGCGACGAGUGGAUCGAGAGGCAUUUCGAGAAAGUCGGACAGUUCGCUAGAAGCUACGAAAGGCUCGCGUGGGAGCCACUCGCGUCGAUGUGUCCGAAGACGGAGGAGAUGUCUCCGGAGGAAGCGAAGACGCAACUCGAAAAGUUCAGUGAGUGUUUUGAGAGCACGUGCGAGUCGCAGAGCAUGUGCGUCGUACCUGAUCAGACACUGUUGGAGGAGAUGAGAAGCUCGAUCGCGGAGAAGUUGUUGCCGGUGUAUCGUGAUUUUUAUAACGCUCAUAGCAAUGCAGCUUUGUUGGCGGGAAUGGGAGGUGGGUGGAAUGUCCGGUAUACCCCUGAAGAUGUGGCAAAGUACUUGUCGUCGGAGUUGUUUAGCGGGAAAGGUGUUUUGGUGGAGGAGAAGUCAUGUGUGUUUCGGACAUCUUUCGGUCUUGUUACAGCUCGUAACGCUUCUCGACGAAAGAAGCGAUCUUUGUCAUGCAGAAGAUUUUGAAGGGGGGAAUAUAUUUUGAAGAUAGAAUAGUGGUAGUAUUCUAUCAUUUUUAUGUUCAACCUUUGAUUUGGGUUUAUU